UCGACUGAUCGGCUUCGCGAGGAGUGCUCAGCCAUUGAGUGCCAGCAUGGCGGCCCGAGGCUGCUCGGCGACUCGCCGCGUCAGCGCCAUCGUCCAGCUGCUGGGCGUGGCGGUGGCCCUCUGCGCGCUGGCGAGCGGCGUCCUGGCCGAGGACAAGCCGACCGGGGUGCCCAGGGCGCGGCCCAGGGUGCGGCGUAGCGACGAGUACGACAACAUGGACAACUUCCUUAUGGGCUCCAGCGACUACGACAACUUCUUCCUCAAGACCGCCAAGUCGGUGCCGAGAAUCGGCCGGCGCAGCGGCGGCGACGACGCGGACCAGGCCCCGCUGCGCGUGGACCGGCGCAGCACGGACAUGAACGAGCUGGUGCCCAGCUACGCCAACGGCUACGACCACUUCUUCCUGAAGGCGUCCAAGUCGGUGCCGCGGAUCGGCAAGCGCAACGACGAGUUCUUCAUGAAGACCGCCAAGUCCGUGCCGCGGAUCGGGCGCCGCUCCGGGGACGGCCCCGACGACUUCCUGCUCAAGGGCAAGGACCAGGGCGAGUACCUGAAGACGGCCGAGGCGCGACCGCGCCGCGCCGAGCUGCUGCAGGCCCUGGGGAGCCAGCUGAGCCACCUGCCGGACCGACGGUCCCGCCCCCUCCAGGUGGAGGACGGCGACUGGCCGCCGCACGCCGCCCUCGGCGGCCACGACGCCGUGCUGGGGCGGCAGCACACUGUACAGCACAGUGUGCCGCACAGGGUGCAGCGCCGCAACUACGACGAGCUCAUGGCCAAGGCCGCCAAGUCCGUGCCCCGGAUGGGCAAGCGGAUGCACCCGGCGCUGGACGAGAUCGGCGAGUGGGGCACGGAGGAGACGUGGCCUUGGUUCCGCCAGCAGGACACGUCGCCCGGCCCCUCGAAGCGCGUCCAGCGCGUCAACCCCGCGGACCUCAUCGACCUGAGUGAGGUGCCCUGGGAGUCGCUGGACGGCGUCCUGCGUCGCCUGGAGGCGAACCUGGAGGCGCACCGGGGCCGCGAGGAGGAGGACAAGCGCCUCCACGACGUGGUGCUCCUGGAGACGGAGGCCGGCGGCGACAAGGCGGACAGGGCGGCCGACGACAAGUGGGCGUACAGUGUGGGCGACAAGAAGGCCGGCGCGCCGUCCGUCGCGGCCGGCAGCCCCGGCAGCAAGGAGCUGGAGGAGGCGCGCUUCCAGCCGGACGUCAAAUGAUGGAAAGACGGGCUGCGUUUCAUUUCAACCAUUUUUUAAAAAAUGUUUACCAAUUAUUAAUUUAUUGAGCGCGACGCUUUUAUUUUUGUAGUUAACAGUGUCCACAAACUUGCGCGCGGCAAGGGGGGCGCCGUGGCUGGGACUUCCCUUGCGGCUGUUUACCGCGCGCUGGAAAACAAAAAUAGAGCCGCCCGUUUUUUUUUCAGCUGGCGGGCAAAUCAAAAUGAAUUUUCGGCUGACGGUCUAAACCAAAACGACAGACAAUAAUUUCAGGACAAUAGUUGCGAAAUCGCGCACGUUUAUGUGACACUCUUCAAGUGCCUCGCGAACAGAGAAGUGCAUAUAUUUUUGUAAGCUACGAGGAGACGAGGGACUCAGUAUGCUGCACGUCGAAGGGCGGGCAGGGCAUGACCUCGGUUUUAUUAAAGGUGACAUUGG